AUGGAGACUGACACAGACUUGGACGCCAUUAUCUCAAACGAAACAGUUGUUAUUUCUCACCCCGGAAGCAGCCAAUAUCGCACAGGGGGAGUCGCUGCCUGUGGUUUGGCUAGCUUGAACUUCGUGCGAGUCGUUUUCAGCCGUGUGGAAGCCGGCAUCACAGGCAGGCAGCUGUUGGCAGAUCUGCUUUCGCUGGAAACAAGUGCAGAAAUUAUCUCCAUUUGCUCCGAAUGGAGAUCGAAUGAGCAUCUCGAGGUCGAGGAAAUAGCCCAACUGCCUCUUUUUGAACACGCCCUUGAAUUGGAUUUAUCUGGUACCUUUGGUGUGCCAUCGUUUGACCGCUUUCUAAGGAUGUACAAGUCCCUGGAAGCCGAUCCUCGACAACAUAUUGCCGUUGUCAUAACUCGUCCUCCAGAGAUUGUCGCUUGCACCAAGCUUGUCAUCGAGAGCAACGCCACAGAAUCCAAGACGGUCUUCAUCACAUUUGACUCGCACCCCAGGCCCGACCACCCGGAUGGCGCAGGCUAUGUGGUCAACUCGUCCCCAGAGGCUGCUGCAAAUUUUCUAAGCACGCUGCUCGCAGUUGACGAGGGUCUGCUUGCGGAUGCAGAUCUUCAAUGGCAAGCCCAGCUACUUGCCAGCUUCUCGGGCCACCUUUUUGCCCCCAAAGCUGGUCCUGUCAAUACCCUCACAGGAAUGACGAAAGCGCUGAUGAACUCCAGUCUGUCGACGCUGAGGAAGCAAGCCGAGGUCAACAGGCUUCACAGCCGGAUCGAAAAACUUAUGCGAGAUCGGGAAUUUCUCUUAACCCAGCUGGAUAAUGCCCGCACACGCGAAGUUGAAACCAACCAAGAACAGAUGCAGCCUACGCCUUCUCCAGCACGAGCAUCUAGUCACGUUUCACCACCUUCUUGGGAUACCAGCGCGACCGUGCAGCAACGCGCUCGAGCUUCGCCUGUCACAAAUGAUUUCGUUGAAUCUGCCAGUGGACGACAUCCAGAAACGAGCACACCUGAAUUGUCUGAUUUUCUGCUAGCGCAGCAGAUGCAAAUGCGUCUGGACAUGGCCAGCAUCGUUGAAUAUGAUUCGAGUCCGUCUCCGCCACGCCGAGAAAGCUCGGGCUCGACUCAACGGCGCCAUUCAAAUAUUCGGCGACCACAGGAUGCUCGACAGUCAAUCAGACGAAGGACCUUUAGGUGUCCACUAUGCUUGGAGGAUGCCCCAGAAGAUGAUGUCGCCUUGCUUUCCAACUGUCCCCAUCAACUUUGUCGAACCUGCGCAAAUAGUUAUGUGACUACCAAGAUCGCGGACAAGAUGUACCCUAUCCUGUGUCCUGUGUGUGCCGCGGACCCUGCCACGAGGAAUCCAGGAGUACUCACGGAUGAGCUUGCUCAGAUGCUUGGUUUGACAGACGCCGAAUAUCGGGCCCUUGAACAAUUGCAGAUGGCGCCUCUCUCGAUUUCGAUCGAUUGUCGCAAAUGUAAGAGAAGCGUCCCUGUCGAUAGAGCAGAGUACAACGCCACAGAAACAAUUCAAGAAGUAACUCCUGGAGGGCCACAGCACUCAUGUGACGGUACAAAGGAGUUGCAACGUCUUGUUGCCCGGAGGGGUUGGAAACAUUGUCCCACCUGCAAAACCUUGAUUCAGAAAUCGGAGGGAUGUGACCACAUAACUUGCCCGGGCCCAGGAUGUAACACCCAUUUCUGCUACUUCUGCGGGAGACUCAUUGUCCGCUCUGUGUUCGCCGGAGAGAUUAACAUGGCUGUCGCUUACCAUACCAUGCGCUGUCAACAGCGUAGCAUGCCGUGGCGAUUUUGA